CUUAUUGGCUGCUGUUAUUGGCUGCUAGCUUGCUGUCAGUAAGCUGAGCGUACUUUUUGUACGUUUCUUUGACUUUUAAGGCUAUAUAAAUGACACCAGAAUUCUUUAUAAAUCUUCCCAAAGUGGAGCUGCAUGCCCAUAUAAAUGGCUCUAUCAGCGAAAACACAAUGGCAGCUUUGGUGGAGCAGAAAGGUGGAGUUGACCCCAGCUGGCGACUGGCUUUCAAGAAUGGAGAGUCUGAUACACUGGAGAGUGUUUUUAAGAUGUUCAAAUUGAUACACAAAGUGACAGACACUGUUGAAGCAGUUUAUAAGGUGACGUAUGAUGUGAUUCACGAGUUUGCAGCUGAAAAUGUGAAAUACCUUGAGUUAAGGACAACACCUCGUUCUGAGCCAAGCACAGGUAUGACGAAACUGUCUUACGUCGAGAGUGUUAUACGGGCCAUACAGGACUGCUCCAAAGAAAGCCUCGAUAUCAUAGUGAGACUUAUUCUGGCCAUAGAUAGGAGGCACCCUGUAUCUGUUGCUAUGGAAACUGUAAACUUGGCUGCGGAAUAUAGGGAGAAAACAGAUGGUCUUGUGGUUGGAAUAGAUUUCAGUGGUGAUCCAAAUGCAGGAGAUGGUGCCGAGUUUAUACCAGUAUUCGAAGAGGGUAGACGUCAGGGGCUUAAACUUGCUCUUCACCUAGCUGAGGUUCCAGCCCCAGAGGAGACGUGGAAGAUCCUACAGGUGACCCCAGACCGGAUAGGGCAUGGUACAUGUCUGCAGCCUGACACUGGGGGAUCCAAGCAGCUAGAGGAUUUUGUUACAAGGCACCGUAUACCGUUGGAGCUGUGCUUGACAUCUAACAUAGUGGGAAAGACAGUAGAAGGUUACGACAAUCACCAUUUCCAGUACUGGUACGAUCUGGGGCAUCCUUGUGUUAUAUGUACUGAUGACAAAGGCGUGUUUUCCACUACCCUAUCGAGGGAGUAUUCCAUAGCGGCGGAGACAUUCAGCCUCUCAGACAAACAAAUGUGGGACCUCUCCUACAGAAGCAUAGACUUCAUCUUCUCCGAUGAACAUGUGAAACAUAUGCUACGGAAGAAAUGGACGGAUUCUAAAGAUAGACUUUCUGUGAAGUAAUAUUUCCUGGCAAUUUUUUUUAAUGAAGUGUUUUUUUUCAUAUCAUUUAUUUUUGCCAGAUAUCCGUGAAACUAACAUUUUAAUCGUUUGUUUGUGUACUGCAUUAAAUCAGAUUGCAAAUAAAGGUGAA